AGUUUAACCUACUUGCAAAUACACACAGCGGCGCCUGCGAGGGUUCGGCUGGGAGCCGGAGAAAGAGGAGGCGGAGGAGCAGCCGCCGCCACCGCCGCCGAAGGGACCCGCUGCUUGGAAUUGAUGCGGCCGGGCUAGGGGUGCUUUUGCAAGCGCGGCGGGCAGGCUGGCCAGCUCGCUCGUGGGAAUAGCAGCCGCGUGUAAGGAAGGAGAGAGAGAGGAGCCGCCGCCGCCGCCGCCGCCGCCGCUUUCCUUCUUCUGCCGGAGUGACUUUUUCAGCCGGGCCAUUUGCGAGUUUGCAGCCUUCCCUUCGGAUCGCCGGCUUUGGGUGCCCAGCUUGUGAUGGCUGACCACAUGAUGAUGUCGAUGAGCCACGGGGUGAAUGGGAUGCAGGGCUACCGGAUAGGCAUGAAUGGGAUGCAAGGCCCUCCUCCUCAGCAGCAGCACGUGCUAAGGACACUCCCCACCAACCAUCAUAUGAUGCAGUACGGAGGCCCUGCCCUGGACGGAGGCAUGAGGCAGAGGCCCAGCAUCAAUGGACAGAUGGGGCACCACCAGGUCCCAGGCUCCAUGAUGUUCAGCAAUCCAAGCCAGCAGCAACAACAGCAGCAGCAGCAGCAACAGCAGCAGCAGCAACAACAGCAACAAUACCUGGGACCGGUGGGCACUCAGCAGCUCAUGGCUAGCAUGCACUUGCAGAAACUGAACACGCAAUACCAGGGCCACCCCCUCAUGGGCAUGAGCAACGGGCCCAUUGGGGCAGGGGUGCAGCAAUACAGGAUGGGGCCCGGGCAGCACCUAGGGAUGCAGCACCUGCCCUCUCCGGCCCUGACCUUGAACGUUAUGGACACGGAUCCCAUCGACGAAGAGGUCUUGACGUCUCUGGUCAUGGAGCUCGGCUUGGACCGGGUUCAGGAGCUGCCCGAACUCUUUCUGGGACAGAAUGAGUUUGACUUCAUCUCGGACUUUGUAAGCAAACAGCAGACCAGCGCCAUCAGCUGUUGAGGUGGCUCUGCUGUGGGAGCUGGCACUUCUCUUUCUUUGUGGCUUGAUCUCCUCCACCACCACCACACACCCCGACUUCCUGAUCUACAGGCUUUCCCAGGUCACCCUUGCCCACCUCCUGGAAAUAACAAUGGACAAUCAUUUGAAGGCUUCCCCACCCCUCUUUUUUGCUAAGCAGUCGCGCUCCUCUUGUGGGGGGGAGGGGGGAGGAAUCGGGAAAGUGGCUGUGUUGUUGUUUAUUGCAGACGAAACAGCACAGAGACGGAGUCGUGUCCUCGAGUUGUGCCUAUGGCAGCUACAGAAUUUCAAAAAAAACAACAAAAUGGCCUUUUUUUUCACCUGCAUGGCCUUCUAUCUCCCCCCACCCUGCAAAAAACAACUAAAACAACUACUGUCUUGAGUUUGGACUACAAAGGGGGGCAAGUUGCUGAGAAUCCACUCCGCUGUUGGUUUUGUCAAGAAAGUCUAGCAAGCCCCUCUCCAUUCAGUGUCUGAUUUUUAUUUUUAAGCCAUUCUUUCACUGAAAGUGUGGGCAGGAGGUAAAAGAAAAAAGGCUUGCUCUUCUCUGUAAGCCUCAAUCUCUUUAUUGCUCCUUAGUACUGUGGAAUUAGCAUCCAGUAUCUCUCCUUGACUUGGAAGAGAUCAGUGCCCUCAGGUUGUGUUUUGUUCUGUGUUCUUUUUUACUUCCAUCGGGUUUUUGUUUUGUUUUUAAAGCGAAACUUCAGUGGAUGACAUUUUGGGGUUCAGCCCAGGGGUGCAGGGGAGAGUGGGAUUAACCUAUUGGUUAUAAGAUCCUUUGACUUCCUUUUCCAGCUACUACAAACACGGGCUUUUAAGAUGCCAUCGGAGCUCUUCUUUCUCUGCCUCUGAAACCAAAUAAAAUCCUUGUAAUUGUGUA